AUGUGUAACAGGAAGGGAGAAAAUGAAACGGACCAGGCUGGGAUUCGAAACCGAGCCCCUGAAUCUCAAGGAAAUCUUACUGACACUCUGAAUGUUGAGGGAAAUCUCACUGACACUCUGAAUGCUGAGGGAAAUCUCACUGACACUCUGAAUGCUGAGGGAAAUCUCACUGACACUCUGAAUGCUGAGGGAAAUCUCACUGACACUCUGAAUGCUGAGGGAAAUCUCACUGAUACUCUGAAUGUUGAGGGAAAUCUCACUGACACUCUGAAUGGUGAGGGAAAUCUCACUGACACUCUGAAUGCUGAGGGAAAUCUUACUGACACUCUGAAUGCUGAGGGAAAUCUCACUGACACUCUGAAUGUUGAGGGAAAUCUCACUGACACUCUGAAUGUUGAGGGAAAUCUCACUGACACUCUGAAUGGUGAGGGAAAUCUCACUGACACUCUGAAUGUUGAGGGAAAUCUCACUGACACUCUGAAUGCUGAGGGAAAUCUCACUGACACUCUAAAUGCUGAGGGAAAUCUCACUGACACUCUGAAUUCUGAGGGAAAUCUCACUGACACUCUGAAUGUUGAGGGAAAUCUCACUGACACUCUAAAUGCUGACAAAAAUCAUGGAAAACUCACUAACACUCUGAAUAAAACUCAGGACAAUGAUCAUUAUACAGGUCUGAUGUAA